AUGGCUGCUUCCACUCGAGAGGAUCGGGCGCUGAUGCGCGUCCGUGGUGCCGGAUCCCGCAAGCCUCCAGCAGUUGACUUUGGUUUCAAUUUCGCUUUUGGGAGCAAGAAGAAUGAGCGACAACAGAUACCCACGCCUGCCCGAUCUCUUCGCUCAAACACCAAAACCCCGCAAUCAAGACGAGCAUCUUCGAAACAACCGUCCAAGACACCGGCAGCGAAGCCUGUCAGGCAGAGUUCGGUCGCGCCCGACGAAAGGGACGGCGAAACCUCUACGCAGCCAGAGGAGAGUGCGCGGUCGAGCAAGAGAAGGAAAAUAACGCCCGAGCAGCCGACUCCCAACAACACUAUAUCAGUUGAGAUACCACGAUCAACACCUUCGAGCAGAGCAUUGCGAAGAAGAACUUCCAGCAGAGUCUUUACUAUUGCCGAGGACGAGGAUGUGCCGCAGAUCAAUGGCCCAACUCCUGAUCACGAGGAGGUCGAGCAGCGGCAGCAGCAGAAAUCCCCACUCUUUGUACCCCAGCACGAGCAACAGAAAGAGAACGAGACGCCAAAGGAUCAGGGGUCUAAAUCGACUAAUCAAGAUUCGAAUUGGCAGACAACGAAAAGUGGUCGCAUCUUAUUAGACCCCACCACUUUACCCGAGGAUGCUACUGAGGAAGAUGUUCAGGUGCUCCAACCGGAAUACGGGGAAACGCGUCCAUCAGCUUCGGAAAGUCCUUUACAGUAUGUAACGAAAGCUCCGAGUAUCUCCAAGCAGAACAAGCGGCGAAGCCGGAAGUCUUUUGCAACCGACAAGAGAAGGGAACCUUCAUCUACGCUGGCUCAGUCUACGAUUGAGCCCCAGGAGACCUCGGCCGCUGCUAUCUCCUCUCGGCUUCCGUCAGAGCAACCACCAUCGCCAUCCGUCCUGCCGCUGUCGGAUCGAAUCAGCAAGUAUAGCAAACUUGCAAGGAAAGUGAGGAAGCGACAAGCGCAAAAUCCGGCAUCAGAACGUGAAGAGGGUCCGAAAGAGGCAGAGAACGACGACGAGGAUGAUUCAUAUGUCGAAGAGAGCGAGCCGGAGCCCGAGACGCCCGCGGCGAGCAAAAAGGCCACCAGACAGCCUCGAAAACGUCGCUCCCGUAGCAGGCCCGCAGAGGUGCCUGGUGGUAAGAAGAGCACUGCGACAUUUCCAAUUCUGACUCACAGGCUCACAAACGUCGUGGCACUACCAACAAUGAACGAGGAGGAUGAAGAGGGCAUGCCUUCUGGAGAUAUGUCAUUCGACUCUGCAGCCGCACGCACGCAACCCAAUGCGGUAGACAUACUAGCCCAGAUCUGCCGCGAGACAAUCUCAAACAUGAUGGAACGUGUGGCUGCGUCAGCCCAGACUCUCUCAAAAGCCACAGCAAACAAUCAACGGACAGCCCUCGAGGCAUUUGGAAAAGACCUAGAUGACGAACUCUUCGCCAUGUCCGAAGCCGUCGAGAAUCGCGCCAACCUUGAGGCUCGCGUGCGGAAAAGCAAACGAGAGAAAGCCGCCUUGCAAAGUGAGUAUCUUGAGCUCCGUCGCGAGCGGGAACAAAUUGCUCUCAGAUGCGACGCGGUUAGACGACAACAUUGGGAAUGCGAGGAGGAGACAAGGCAGAGGUGGACACUUAGCGAGGCUGCUCGGCGUGUUGAGCAGGAAAUGGAGAGGGCUGAGGCAGACGAAGAUGAGGGACUGGAAUUCUUACUGCGCAGUGUGACAGAGUCAGUCAGCAGCACUUCUGGUCGGGGUGGAAUUCUGGAUAAGGUCAAGUCGUUCAAUGCGCAGUUGGAAAACAUGGCGCUGCUUCUGGAGGGGAGGCGUGUUUGA